UGAAGUAGUGGGAGACAAAGAUAAUAUAAUGUUACCAUUUCCUUUGUGCUUGCCAACGAGAGAACGACAUCUGGCGAGCAAGCAGCGAUACAAGUAAUUUCCUCAAUAAUGCGGGUUUGUGCUUUUGUAUUGUUCUUAAGCUGGGUUAGUAGUUGUGUUGCACAAGAUGGCUGUGAUUGCUUCCCUGUUAAAACAACUAAUACGGAUUUGAAUGAUCUAAUAAGAGACAGUCCAUUAUACUCACAAGCUGCUUCCAACGUCACCAAUCUCAACUCCAUCUGUAUUACUCUAACAGCUGUCAAUACCCCUGACAACGCCCUUGUGGAGAUGGUUAUCAUUUAUUCUAAUUCGACAGUUGUUCAGAGAGCAAGCAUACAGAAACCAAUCGAACCAGGGCAGUUUCUCAUCGCUGGUCCUGCACGUACAUAUAAAGAUUUCAUCAUCGGAAAUCCCUGUCCACAAACAUAUGUCAUAUAUCGCUGCGUCCAGACUGGCAGGUGUCUCACUGAUUUCACCAGAGCUGAUGUCAUCGUUGUAUCCAGCAGGUUCCGUGAAAGCAAGUCGUGCAUAGAGAAGGGGUUGGACAUUGCCAGGGAAACAUUUCCAGACAUCCAGAAAUAUUACUACUUGCCAAGGAAAUCUGUUCCUUGUUGCCAAAAAGCUAUCCUGUUCUCUUCAUAGUAUAUAAAUUCUGUCUGUAUAUUCAUUAUGUGUAUAGUUUAAUGUAUAAAAUAAGCUCAGAUUCAAGCUUAUUUUAAGCACAUAUGCUUUUGUACUUGAAAGUUAUUUUUGAUUUUGAUGCUCAGAUUAUAUGUAACACUAUUUUUCAUUAAUAAAUGUUAUAAACGCUCAUAUUAAAAAAUACUGACAUCUUUUCUCUUCAUCAGGUUAUUCAACCAAUGUCAAAUAAGUAUAAAUAUAAAUAAAUUAUUUUGAAUAACCUAAAGUUAAGUUUAAUUAUAAUACUACAGUAUUUUUCCACACAGUACAAAAUAGAAACAUCUCAUUUAAGUGAUGAUUAGAUUAAUUUCAAAACAAAAUAAACUUGUAAAAUAAAUUACACUUCCCAAACUAUCCAUACAAGGAAAAUAUUUGUGGCGUAAUGCAAGCAGAACAUUAUUUAUUUUAAGUUCACUGGGUCGUUCAUUUCCUUAGUUCUUCCUUAAAGUUCUUCGUUAGAUGUAGGUUCUGAAACCAAAAUUUCUUCAAAAAGUAAAGAUUAUCUAGAAAAAGGAAGAUGAACCUCUUGGUAAUGCCACUUUUAUUUCUUUUAUUGUAUAAUAAGUCUGGAUAGAGCUAUAUGUGGGGAAAAGUUUUUGAAACUUUCGAUGAUGUGUUUCAAUUACCUAAUCUUAACUGGUUUAAAAAACGCGUGAAGGAUUGGUUGCAUUCGUUAGAUGGCGAAGAAGUAGACUAAUUGUCCCUUGUUAUCGCUGAACUUCUAACCCUUCUUCACUUUUAUUGUUAUUCGGUCUGUCCUUCACUAUAAUUACCAUAAUUAAUACUUUAUACGUCAGUACAGCAAAGCUAGAUUUACACUCGUUUGUGUAUCAUUAUGAAUGUGACUUAUCAAUUGCCAGGGUGCUCACCGUUAUAAUUUCCAUCCAGUUGGGUUAAAAAUAAAUUCUAUAACCCUAUAAUAAUCUCAAAAAUUACAAAACUACAGUUAUUUUCUUUUACUUAUAAUGACAUUCGACCUAUCAUAAAUUUUGAGUUCCAAUAUUUACGACCAGAGACUUCGCACAGGCCCUCGGCCCGUGUAGGCUCUUCCCAAUUAUAUCACUCUUUUUUCGAAUUUUAGAGGCAUUAAAUAUAAUUACUACAAGUUUAAUAUAAUAAACAAUAACUAUGUAUUAGUACCGUAUUGUUGCGCUCUGAUACAUGGUUUCAGACAUAAAAAAGAAAGGAAGAAACUUUAUUUCUCCAACUACAUUUACACCAGCAUUACCAACAAAAAUUUUAACAAUAUAUUACUACAUAAUAUUAAACAUAAGUAAACACUAUUGAGAGUCUCGGAUGCACGGGCUUGACCUGAUACUUGGUACACACUAUUUUCACUAAUGUCAUUAUCUGCUAAAACAUUUAGGAGAAACAAAUAAAACCUCCAAGGCAUCGCCUGUUUGGAGAUAUAUUUAUUGUAAAUUUCUGAAUAAAAACGGCUUUUCAAACUGUACAUAAUUAAAUACAGAAAGGGAUUUAUAUAAUUUAAAUACACUUUUAUAUAUUUAGAUGUAAAUCUCCGCGUGUUGAAUCCUUUCCCUACAGAUUACCACAAUACAUACUACAAUUAAAGUUGAUACAUUAAAUGUUGCACUUUGGAGCCAUUCCCUUAAUAUUCCGAAUCAAAACUGAUUUUAUGUUUACAUCGCAUCUGUACAAACAAAUUAGCAAAUUAAAUGAGCAAGUCGUUUUUUAAACAAUUAAAUACCACUCACUCUCACAAUCUCAUAUACAUAACUGAAUGGUGAACAAUAUAUCUAUAAAUACAUAUAGUACUGUGUACACAAAACUAAUAACACAUAACAAUAUAAUAUCAAGUAAUAACAAAACUUAAACUUACAAGUAAUAACAAUAACAAGUAAUAACAAAACCUAAUAAUAACACACAAUAACAAACGUAUCAAUAGCAAGCAAUAACAAACAUAGUAAUAACAAUUCUUUCCUUUAGUCGUUAAACUUAAACAGCAUAUUUUCUAUAUUUUCUAUUGAAAAAAGCCAAUCCUUCAGGUAUUUUGAGAAAACUUCGGUUGAAUUUUGAUUCCUUACGUUCGAAGGCAAUACAUUGAACAUUCGUGGUGCCAAAUAAAAAAACAUUUUGGUAAUAAAAGUAUUUGAUGGCUUUGGCACAGGUAAGUCUUCUGAAUUUCGUAAUCUCAAUUUAUAUUCAUUCGUUAGCUUGAAAUGUUUACUUCUCAUAAAGAAUAUUUUCAGUACCUUAAAAGCGUACAUAUACCUCAAUGGCAAGAUUUUUAGUUGUUUAAACAAGGGAUAACAUUGUAUGUAUGUGCUUACGUUUGUUGCAAUACGUAUUUAGAUAUAUAUGUACAGGUAUAUGUGUUUGUAUUGUACUAUUUUUGAGAAAUAAACCAUUUUCAUUCAUUCAA